GGGCAGCCAUGGAGGCCCGUGUGCUGCGCCUGAUUGCCUGGGAAUUGCUGCUUGUUCACCAGCUGCAGGGUGAUGUGGACCCACAGUCACUGGGCAGGGAGAUGGGAUCCUUGACUGGUUUGGGGUGACCCUUGUUCUCAGUCUGGGGCCCUGCUCCAUGCAGUUUCAGCCGACUUGGCUUCCCCUGCAGGAGCAGCCCCGGAAGGGCACAGGGUCCCGGUCCGAGACCUCAUCUCCUUUCUGAUGUUGGAGGGCGGGCGGCGGUCUGGUGGCUCUGUCUUGUCCAGCUUCCCAGCAGGCCUGAGGCGGCAGGAGGACGUGAAGUCUCUGGUGAGGAGCGUGCUGGUGGGGCUGGAGUCCCUGGGGAUCCUGCCUACAGUCGGGAAUUCCCCUCUCCGGGCCCUGUGGCAGAGCCGCGGUAGCAGGAGCCAGAUUUCUGGCUUUCUGUACAACAUCUCCAUGCACCUCGAGCAGCAGAAGCUGGAGGAGCUCGGGGGCGCGCCCUGGGGGAGCCUGCUGCAGCACCUCCUCUCUCAGCCCUCCCCGAGCCCUGCUCUGCAGCUGCGGGAUGUCCUGAUCUCGCUGAGGGGCAGCCGUGACUGGGACAUGCUCUUGAGCCUCACCCACAGCCUGGUGAGCCUCUUCCGCAGAGACCAGACCCUGCUCCUCUUCCUGCAGCAGGACUGGGCGCGGCUCAGCAGCCUGGAGGAGGCUAUGGCCCAGGUGCUGCUCACUGGGGUGCUGGGCCAGGGCGGCCCUGGCUUGCAGGGCACCGACUGCCCCCUGACAGGCCGUGGGAACUGCAGCUCCAGCACAGACUGGAUGUCGCAGCUCCUCAAGCUCUUUUCAGGCACCAGCUGGAAGCCAAGGGUCCGUCUGCAGCCUGCAGGCCCCGUCCUGGCUCCUGAACACUUGAAACCCUUCCACGUGCUGCCCGGGGCCAUCCGAGAGCUGGACCCCAAUGCCGGCAGCCUCCUGCAGAUCUCCCGGCCCAGGCAGCCAGGGCUGGACUUUGAGGGGGGCUCUGCAGACACACUCUGGGGGGCCCUGGAGGAGGCCAAGCAGCGUCUCCUUCGGAGGAUGGGCCGAUCGCUCUACACCAGCUUCCGGAGGAAGGUCUCGCGUGUGACGGGUCUGCUGGUGGACGAGGUCUCGGUGGCCCUUGGCGUCCCUCAGUGGGAUCGAGAGGGGAAGUGCACUGUAGGGACCCUGCAGCAGCUCCUGCUGUGGGGCAUCAGGCACAACAUCAGCUGGAAUGCCCGGACGCUGGGGUUCAGGUCUAGGACCUUCCCAUCUCCUCCGCCAAUCCUGAGCUGCAUGCAGCCUGCCCGCAAGCCCCCCCAAGCCACAAAGAGGGCAUCUGGAGACGCCUGGGGUGCGCCCUGGCCCUCAGCCGAGGUUCUGGAGUCUGCCUGCAAUGACACUAUCCCAGGCCUGCCCAGCAUCUCCAACUUCACUGUGUAUCUUUACUGCAGCCUAUUCAAUGGCUCAGACAGCUCCAGCCAGCCUCCUUCAGACCUGGGGGCCGCAUGCUCCAGCUCCGCCUGGUAUUUCUCCUCCGCCAGCGGGGACUCCGUGUGGGUGAGGACAUGCAGGGAGUACUUCCCUGGCCAGUUCAACACCACGGUCUGCAGCAAUGCCUCCCUGCUGCAGCUGCCCAGUCCCAACCAGCCUCUGAUGGAGCAGUUGUGUGCCAACCUCUCCCUGCCCCCCAAAGGUGCCAGCUGUCCGGAGGGGCUGCCCGGGGCCCUCUGGACCCAGGAGGAUUUCUGGAGCUGCUUUCUGGAAAACCAGACUCUCUGGACUCAGUGGCUGUGCACCAAUGAGAGCCUGCAGGCGGUGCCCGCGGAUAGCAGCGCCUGGAUCUCCAGACUCUGCCACGGCCGCCAGCUCCAGACAAAGACACUGAACUCCUCGCUGCUCGGGAACUCUGAUCCCUGCAAUUUCCAUGCCUGGAGCCUCCAGGCGCUCAGGAACGCUAGCCUGAUGGAGCAGUGCCGGGGGGUGAACCCUGCUAGCUUCCAGGAGCUGGUGUGUGAGAAUUCCUCCCUCCUCCAGUCUUUGGUGUCUUCCCACCCCUGGCUCAUGGAUCACUGCCUGGACUCCCUGCAGAAUGGGCAGUGCUUCCUGCAGCGCCUCCUGGACAUCCUGCCUAUUUCCUCUCACGGGGACGCCUCUCGGCUCUGCCGGGACCCUGCGUCCUACCUGCUGGGGCUGGUGUCCCAGCUCACGCCCUGCGAGGAGGAGACGUCCCGCUGGAUCUUCAGCAUGAACUAUCUCCUGCGGCUGCUGGACUUCACCCUGCCCUCCUCCGAGCUGGACGAGGUGGGGCAGGCAGCCAGGGACCAGCUGAGUGAGGCCAUCCUGCUCUCCAGCCUCCUGGACAACGGCUCCUUCUGGGCCUCGCUGACGGGGAACUCCUCGUGGAGCAUCCUGCAGGCCGUGCGCCAGUACCUGAGGCAGGAGCAUGAUGCCUCCGUCAAGAAAGAGCUGCUGAGCUGCUUCAGUGUGAGUGGUGCCGUCCUGGCCUCUGUGCGAGUGAACAGGCUCCUGCCCCUGCUCCCCGCCUGUCUCAGCUGCACGAGCCAUGCUGGGGCUAAGCUCCAACCCUGUGUGCACCCCCGAGGUGUGGGAUCGCUCAUGGCUGCAAACCCUGACACAGCCACUUGUGUGCGCAUGUGCCAUGGGGCCAGCGCGCCGUGCCAGACAGAUCCCAAACUGCCCUUGUCAUCAGCUCUGUAUGACGACCACAACCCCCCAGGGGAGAGCAGGCCCCCCAGCACGGGAUGCUGCACAGACACCCCUGUGCUCUGGGAUCUGAUCCAAAGAGAAGAGGGUGCCCCGGCGCUGGAAGUCCUUGUGCAGGAAUACCUGCAGAUGCCGCAGGACAAUUUCCAGCAGCUGCUGCUGUCGGCGGAGAGCGAGGCAGUGCAGCGCUUCCUGUCCCUGCUGCACCGCUCCUGGCCCCGGCUGCAGGUUCCCAUGUCGGAUGGGCAAGCGCUGCAGUCUCUUGCCUCGCGGCUGAUGGGCCGGUUCCCUCAGCUGACUCCGCAGCUCUUUGUUGACCUGUCGCAGUUCAUGCCAUUCAUGGCCGUGUCCGACAUCAUGAGAGUCCCGCCUGCCCUGCUGGCCAAUGAGAGCGUCUUAGCUGCUCUGCAGCGUCACAGCGCCCACAUGAAGCUGGUGCAGAAAAGCGCCUUUGCCAAGCUGCUGCUGCAAGCUCAGCUCCUCGGGGACGUGCCCACGUGGCGCCCAGGCUUCCUCCGCACCAUCCAGCCGCUGCUGCCUCACCUACCGCUUCGCCGCUUUGUGCAGCUCACGCCUCAGCAGAUCCAGGGGCUGGCAGACGGUUGGCAGGAGGUCCGGCUGGGGCAGGCCCAGGGGCGCCAUGUGGCACACAGCUUGAUAAAUGUGAGCCGUGGGGCUCGUGAGGAGCAGGUGCACAGGCUGGGGGCCCUUGCUUGCUAUCUGAGCCCUGAAGAGCUGCAGGUCCUGGCCCCGCUGCGUGACCCCUUGGGGCCGGUGGAGCAGAGCUUGCUGGCGUGUGCUGCCAACGGAGUGCUGAGCCAGCACGGACGGGUCGCCUAUGCGCUGGCGGAUUUGUUGCGCUCUGCUGGCCUGGCUGCUGUCGGGCCGCAGGAGCUGCGUGCCUGGCGAGGCAUCGUUCCGGAGCUGGGGGUGAGGUUCCUGCAGCGCCUGUCAGCCACGCAGGUCAGGGCUCUCCUUCCAGAGCUGCAGGCUGCACACCUGACACCUGCCCAGGCGUCUGUGCUGCUCACGCAGGCUGUCCGGACCGAGAAUGUGACGGAGGGUGUGGCGAGCAGCCUGUGCCCCCUGCUGCCAGGCCUUGGGCCCGAGUCCCUCCAGGCCAUUCCCACUCCCACCCUGGUCCAGGCCUGCGAAUGCCUGGCCACCGCUCUGCCUCUGCUCUCGGCCCCGCAGAAGGCAGCCCUGCUGCAGGUACCGGGCGGGCUGGGGGCUGGAGUGGACGCUGAGGGUCUGGGGACGUUGGGCUGGGGGGCAGAGGUCGAGGCACUGGAGCAGUGCCGAGCCCAGCUCCCUAUGCUGCAGGACCUGGCUCUCGCUCUGCCCGCCAGGCCCAUGGGGCCGUGUUCUCCUGUGUCACAGGCUCUGUCUCCCUCGCAGCGGCUCAGCCGUGAGCAGCAGGCCCGGAGCAUCUGGCCAGACUGCCUCUUGCCCUUUGUGCCCCUCAAACUCCUGCACCUGGACGCAGCGACUCUGCUGGGGCAGAGCGGCCGGUUCUGGGAGUUACCCUGGUCCCAGCAGCAGGCCCAGUUCCUGUGGAGGAAGGUUGAAGCGGGCACCAACGUGAGCCAGGAAACGAUUCGGGCACUGGGGACUCUGGCGGCUGGCAUGGGCUGUGCCAGCCUGCAGCAGUUCAGUCGGAGGGCGGAUUUCCUGGGGGUUCUCCGGGUUCUCUAUGCGUGUCCCAGCAGCCUGCCUGGGAGUCUGAGGCGGUGUGUCUGGGAGGAAAUCCGCAGCCGGCCGGGACUCUCCAGGGAGGAGCUGGUGUGGCUGGGACCAAAGUUCCUCAUGGAUUUACCGGCGAAGCUUGUGGACAAACUGCCCAACGACUCGGUCAGGCUGAUUCUGGACUAUGUGAGCAGCCACCCCCAGAGCCUGCUGAUGCUGCCGCCCCACCGCCGGGCUGCCCUGGCCCACAGGGCCCUGCGCCUCCUGCGAGCGCCGGCCGAGACCGAGAUCCCAGGCGAGGUGCUGGACCUUCUGGGCCCGCUGCUGGGGUUCCUGGGCCAGGAGGCUGCUGCCCACGUCCAGCCCGAGAGCCUGCUGCUGCGCCUGGAGGAGCUGCAAGGGGCCUGCCUGGCGGAGGGGUUUGCUGAGGAGCUGGGGAGGUUGCUGCUGACGGAGCGGGUGCUAGGCCCGCCGCAGUGCUGGAGCCUCCUGGACGUGCAGCAGCUGGGACGCCUGGUCUUCCUGCUACCGGUGGAGAGCAUCCGGCUCAUCCCGAGGGAGAUACGGAGCAGAGACACCCUGGAGCAGCUGCUGCAGAGCCAGCGGGAGUGGGAGCAGAGCGAGCCAGGCCGGCUGUGCCAACCCCCUGGUGCCCAGGGACGGGUGAGGAGCCGGAAGGAGGCACUGGUGGCCUGGCUGGUGAGGAGCAGCCCAGUGGGGGCACAAGACCCUGUUCCCAGCUGCGCUGACAUGCGAGCCACCUACCCUGCGGCCUGGAGCGCGGCACAGAUCUCCAGCAUGGCCCCCUCCCACUUCGAGGGCUGCCUGGAUCUCAUCAGUCAGGACCCUGAACUCUCACCUGAGCAGCUCCGCGCCGCUCUGGGCAAAGCCAAGCAGCUGUUUGGAACUGCCCAGCCCCUGCAGCCGGUUCAUGUCCUGCAGCUGGGCCUACUGGCCACCCAGCUGAGCGAGCAGGAGCUGCACGAGCUGGAGCUCUCCAACUGGGGGGCCCUCUCUGUCCUGGGGGUCCUGGAAGGCUGGACAGCAAGACAGAUGCGAGCCGUGGUCUCCAGCUUUCUGCGCCAGAGUGGGAUGAGUGUGCAGGGCCUGGCACUCCCAGAGCUGGCUGCCCUCGGGCACCUCCUGUGCGGUCUCCGUGCCAACGAGAUGCGGUUACUGAACAGCCGGGAGUUCAGCCAGGCUGCCCCAUUUGUGGGCUCCCUGAGGCUUGGCUGUUCUGAGAGGCAACUGGAGACACUGGCUGAGCUGCUGACAUCCCGCUUGGCGUUCGGCCCCGUUAGCAGCUGGGGCCCUGAAAUCUUCACUGAGAUCGGAACACUGGCAGCUGGGCUCCAGGACAUCGUCCUGUCCUCGCUCAUCCCCGAGCAAAUCCGGGCACUGACCCCGCUGGCCAUCGCGGGGAUCCCAGCACCCAAAUUCACCGUGGUUUUCAGCCCAGCCCAGCUGCUGAGCUUCACCAGCGCCCAGGCCUCAGCCGUGACCCCCCAGCAGCGCGCGCUGCUCAGCGCCGAGCAGAGCCAAGCAGUGGUCAGUGCCCAGUACGAGGAGGAGGUCGCCCGGGAUGGCAGGGGCAGGAAUCACGCCUGGUGCCAUCCUGGCCCCAGCGCCCUGGCACUGCUCUGUCUGAUGUACAGCUUUGGGUGAGAGCCGCUGGGGUCUGUGUUUGU